AUGAACAAUUCAACCAACCCUGAUAAGCUUACGGGCAAAGACGCCCAAAAGAAGCAGACCUACUCAGAGUGGACGAAAGAAACCUACAAUGAUCAAUAUGAGAAGUGGAUGCCAUGGAUUGAGGAUCAAUAUCUCCGAUGGUUCGGGAAAGGCGAUAACAAAGCUUCCUACGCGACGAAAGAUACCCUUAACAAAACGAAAGUCACUGGAAUAGAUCAAGUCGAUCAAAUUCAAGACGAUGUGUCCAACACCGUCGGAAACCAGGUCGGCGACAAGGGAUUGUUCGCGCCAGUCGGGCAGUUUGCCUCAAAGGAGGGAAUCAACAGAGCCGAGAGAAACGGAAAAGAUGAGAACGGAUCUCAUACGGGACCUGCAGAGAGUUACCUCGAUACUGGCAAGAAGAGUGUCAGCAAUGUGGGAUCAGGUUUGGCUCAAGGCGCUGAGUCUGCUCAGAGCUAUGUCGCCGAAGGUCUGGGCGGUGCCAAGAGCUUGUUGUCGGGUGGAAAGUGA